UUUUUUUUUUUUUUUUAAAUUAAUUAUAAACAUUAAAAUAAGAUGUCCUCUGCAACAGCUCCCACAGACACUACCGAUGAAAAUGUCGAGAUUUGGAAGAUGAAGAAGUUGAUUAAAAAUCUUCAAGCUGCCAGAGGUAACGGUACUUCCAUGAUUUCCCUUGUUAUUCCUCCUAAGGAUCAAGUGUCUCGUGUUGUUAAAAUGUUGGCCGAUGAAUACGGUACUGCCUCCAACAUUAAGUCUCGUGUCAAUCGUUUGUCUGUCUUGUCCGCCAUUACUUCCACCCAACAACGUUUGAAAUUAUACAACAGAGUGCCUGAGAAUGGUUUAGUUGUUUAUUGUGGUACCAUUAUCACAGACGAAGGUAAAGAAAAGAAGGUGAAUAUCGAUUUCGAACCUCACAAGCCCAUCAACACCUCACUUUACUUGUGUGAUAACAAAUUCCAUGUGGAACCUUUGGCCGAACUUUUGGAUAACGAUGCCAAGUUUGGUUUUAUUGUUAUGGAUGGUAAUGGUUCACUCUUUGGUACAGUGUGUGGUAAUGUACGUGAUGUCAUUCAUAAGUUGUCUGUGGAUUUACCAAAGAAGCAUGGUCGUGGUGGUCAGUCCGCUCUUCGUUUCUCUCGUCUCCGUGAAGAAAAGAGACAUAAUUACGUGCGUAAGAUUGCUGAACUUGCUGUUCAACUCUUUAUCACCAACGAUAAGGUCAACUGUGUUGGUCUCGUCUUGGCUGGUUCUGCUGAUUUCAAGACCGAAUUGUCUCAAUCCGACUUGUUCGAUCCUCGUCUUCGUGCCAAGAUUGUCAAGAUUGUGGAUGUCUCUUAUGGUGGUGAGAACGGUUUCAACCAAGCUAUUGAAUUAUCUGCUGAAGCUUUAUCCAACGUCAAGUUCAUUCAAGAGAAGCGUUUGAUUGGUGACUACUUUAGUGAGAUCUCUCAAGAUACUGGAAAGUACUGUUUCGGUAUUGAAGAUACCUUAAAGGCUCUUGAGAUGGGUGCUGUUGAGACUUUGAUUGUUUGGGAGAAUUUAGCUUCCAACCGUUACAUUUUGCGUGAUGCUUCUGGUACUGAGUCUGUUGUUUACCCCAAUGCCGAAGAAGAAAAGACCAAAUCCUUCUUGGUCGAUACCAGUGCUGAUGCUACCACCAACUCUGAGAUGGAAGUCAUUGAAUGCAUGCCUCUUUUAGAAUGGUUCACUCACAAGUACAAGGAAUUUGGUGCUGCUCUUGAAAUCGUCACCGAUCGUUCUCAAGAAGGUUCUCAAUUCGUUAGAGGUUUUGGUGGUAUUGGUGGUAUCCUCAGAUACCGUGUCAAUUUUGAACAACUUAAUUAUGACGAUGAUGAGUUUAUUUCUGAUGAUGAUGAAGAGUACAUUUAAAAAAAAAAAAAUUACAAUGCCUCUCUCUCUCUUUCUCUUUUUUUUUUCUUUUUUUUUUAAUGUCUGAAUAAAUAUAAAAUAAUAUGAAUGUUUCUAAUAGU